UGGUCGCAUGAACAUCGGAUUUGGCAUCAUGCGACCAUCGCCGAAGAAAGUGAGAAAAAAAAUAUUUAAAAUUUAAAUCCCGACUGUCUUUCUUAAAAUUCAAAAAAAAAAUAAUAAAUAUUUAAAAUUAACAUAAAAAAUAAAUAAAUAAAAAAAAAAUUAGAAAAAAUAUGCAUAAAAAAUAAAUAAAAGUGAAACCAAAAAUAUUCAAAUAAAACGAAAGUUUAUAAAAAAAAAUAAUCGGAUAUCACAACACAACUCAAAAAAAAAAUUAAAUAUGGAAAAGUACAAAUAAUAAUUAUUAGUAAAAGGCGUGUGUCAUGCCUGUGGAUAUGUUGGUGAAGAAGAAGAAGAAAGAGAAGUGGAUGAUGAUGAAAAGUAGUAACGGCAGACACACGGAAAUGAAAUUAAAAGUGAAAUUAAAUUCGCUUUCUGUGCGAAAUUUCAUAAUAUAGCAAAAAAUUAAAAAAAAAAUCAUGAAAAAUCUAGUCAUUAGUAUUUUUUCGGAUAAGAGGGAGGAAGAUGCAAAAAAUUAUUUAAAAAUAUCCAAACACAAAAAAAAAAUUUGUACAUAUAAAAAAUUCCAGUUUGAAUUUGGAUUUUUCUGGGAUUGGAAGACAAGCGCCACCAAGAAUUAGUUUAAAGCGUACUGCCUUAGAGGAAUUUUGCCCACCGCGCGAGCCGCCCGUCUGUUCGUUCUUCACGAAAAAGUACCGGACGCACGAUGGCACGUGCAACAAUGAGAAACGCCUGCGAUGGGGAUCCGCUCAGAUGCCCUUUCAUCGUUUCAUGCCACCCGAAUAUGGGGACGGAUUGGAGACGUUCAGAAAUUCAAUUUCUGGCGGACCAUUGCCAUCGGCACGUUUUGUGAGUUUGGUUGUGCACGGAGAUCGUCAAGAUGACUCGCAAGUGACGCUGAUGUUGCCGCAAUGGGGACAAUUUAUUGAUCACGACUUGACAUCGACGCGACAACCGAAGAGUAUAAAUGGCUCGGUGCCGAGUUGCUGUCACGGCAAUGAAUUGCAUCCGGCAUGCAUGCCUAUUAAGGUGCCAGAAGAUGAUCCAUGGUUAUCACCCCUCGGUGUUCGUUGCCUCGAAUUUUUACGUUCUGCUCCCGCUUCACGUCACGAUUGCUUCCUUUCGUGGCGCGAACAAACCAACCAAGCGAGUUCCUAUCUCGAUGGCAGCAUGAUUUACUCCAGCAAUCCCCGAUCCGCUGACAAUUCUCGCAUUUUCCGUGACGGACUUUUGGUUUUCGGCAAGGGCGCCACUCGCGAUGACAUUUGUCGGCAAGGCGCGAUCGAACAUGGAUGUGUCCGUGCUGGCGAUUCACGAAACGGCGAACAACCAGGACUGCUGGCGAUGCACACUGUCUUUGUGGCAGAACACAAUCGCAUCGCUUUGGCAUUGUCCGACCUGAAUUUCCACUGGAGCGACGAAAAAUUGUAUCAGGAAACGCGUCGAAUUGUCAUCGCGAUGAUUCAGCAUAUCACGUUCCGGGAGUUUUUGCCUCUCGUGCUGGGACGCGAAGUUAUGCGAUUGUUCGAUUUGGAAUUGAGACCAAGUGGAUUUUUUGAGGGAUACGAUCCGCAAGUGAAUCCGAGUGUGGCAAAUGCUUUUUCGGCGGCAGCGUUCCGUUUUGGGCAUUCCAUGGUUCAGAGCUCGAUGAUGCGAAGUGACGUGAACAAUAAUUUCAUCAGAAAUAACGUUUCGUUGCACGAAGAGGCGGCACGAGGUGACAUGGGUGGGCCGGGAUCGUUACAUCGACUACUACGAGGCCUAGCAAACCAAAGAGCACAACGACGAGAUGAAUUUAUCUCGGCGGAACUCACGAAUCAUCUUUUCCAAACAAGUCCAUUCCCAUUUGGACUGGACUUGGCAGCGAUCAACGUUCAACGAGGACGAGAUCACGGCAUCCCGCCUUUCGUUGCAUGGCGCGGUCCUUGUGGCUUGAGUAAAAUCGAAUCAUGGGAGGAUUUACAUGCAAUUAUCGGCCCCAAAUCCGUUCAACGUCUCAGACUCGCCUACAAAAACGUUGAAGACAUUGACUUGUUCGUCGGUGGUUUAGCUGAGAGACCUGUGAAAGGCGGCUUAGUGGGUCCCACAUUCGCCUGCAUCAUCGCCCAGCAAUUCAGCAACUUGCGCAAAGGUGAUCGUUUCUGGUACGAAAACUCGGGCUUCGAAUCGUCUUUUACCCCGGGACAACUUCAAUCCAUCCGCCAAACGUCUCUCGCGCAAAUAAUUUGUCGAACACUCGAAGUCGGCACGUUACAACCGCACGUCUUCCUGCCGAACGACUUUUCGCACAACCAACGGAAGCCCUGUGGCACCGACGAACUCGCCCCAAUUGACUUGACGCCGUGGCGCGAACAUGACCCCUUUAACAAGCAACCAAUUCGGAAGCAAGACACAGUAAAGACGCCGGAAUCGCCGUUUUCGGUCUCAAACAACGAAAUUAGCAACAAAUUGGACUUGACACGACCACUGAGACCGAGCGAGAGCUUGACGAAUGACAAGUUGAACGAAGUGACGGCGAAUAAAAUUAAAACCGGGGUAAAAAAGACCAAAACGACCACUACAACAACAACAACUACAACGACAGUUCGACCGAAAAUCAAGAAAAAACCAGAAUUGAACGACAAACUUGACUUUACGUCGACCCGGGCACGGAACGGAACAAAAAAUCAAAUAACGACACGAACUCCGGUCUCGAAAAGAACCAAAAGAAAGAUAAAACGGACAAAAAGGAAGACAACAACGGAGAAAAGUACCACGACGACGACGAAAACGCGACGACACGACGGCUGGAUCGUCAUCGACGACAACGAGCGACCUCCGACAACGACAGCGACGCGAAUGCCUCAAGUAACGAACCGCCGUACCACCGUCCGUGGUUGGGUUUUACUUGAAAAUCGCAAACUCAAGACGGAUCACAGGCUGAAAAAGCGCGAAACUGACCCACAAACCUCUAAAAAUUCCAAUUUUGAACAAAAAACUGACAAAUUUGACGCGACUUUGGAACUGACGACGGAAAAACCACCGAAAAAUACGCCGGAAAAAAAUUCUAGAAUAUUUCCCGUGCGUUACAACUUGCUGAAUAAACGACUAACGGAACGCCCGAACGCUCGACCUGCAAUAAAUGACAAACUAGACCGCGUCAAAGCCUCCAGCGUGGGUCUCCGACUCGAUUGGACACGAAAAACGACGAAACCCACGAGUUUUUUGAAUCAAGACAAUGCGACAGCUUACCUGAGAAAUCACGCAAUUCACUUGGACGACGCCGAAAAGCAAUCCCGCACGAACGAUUACUACUUGAACAGUGACGCGGACCACGGAGACGACCAUUAUCGCCCAGUUCCCAUCAGAAUUGCGCAAAAACCGAACGAUAAGACCCGAAGACCGAUCGGAUUUCGUAAUAAUAUGCCGAUUUAUGACCUGACCCAGACCAAAAUCGAACAUGUGGAGCACAAUAAUUACAUUCACACGGUGACAAGUACCUUAAGACCGGGAGCUUCGAUCUCGUAUGAGGUGGAAAUUCCGUUAUUGAGCACGAAACCGACCAAAGUACGGAUAAAACCUUCAAAUCGACCGACUAGCGGGUAUUACGGACUCUCGACGACGACUCACAGACCGAUAAUUUCGCAUGACGAUGACUUUUUCCACGAGACUUAUAGUUAUAGACCGCCUUUGCGCACGACACCGCCGCCAAUUUCGUUCGUUUCGCCCUCCGCUGCUCCCCCGAGACCUUCGACAAUGGAUCCGCUGUCAUUUUUUAUGGCAUCGACGACUUCUCUUUCCUCUCUGUAUCACGACACGCCAGACGACACGAAAAAUUCACCGCCACAACACAACACCGUGAAAGUACAAAGCACAUUUGCUGCCAUUUUGGGCAAUAAUUACCCGACAUUGACGCACGAGACGACUUUUGACCACCAAACGGACCAAAAUGACGACGACGACGACGGAUAUGACGAUCCCGACGUGCUGCAUAUUCCGCCGCACCUCAUCCCGGAAGUCGAUGAAAAGUACUUUUUCAAUGAUCAGAACUGGGAAAAGGUGGAGGACAACAAACGACAUGACCAGACAACGGGUUAUGGGGGACAACCUUCGUACACGGAUUACACGCAAUAUAACUCGAAAUCGGACCAAAAGACGAAAUAUUAUUACGUGGACAAUGUUUUGCAUAAAAAAGACGCUUACGGGGAGAUUUAUAGGAAAAAGGGCGGGAGACGGUAUGCGGAAUCGUUUGAGGAUAAGGACAAUGACGCACAUUGGAUUCGCGUGACAAGAGACACGGACAGCAAGACAAGUGACAAAGCACGGACUUUGACGCCACAUAAAAGACCACAGACUUCGGACACGGGCUUUGUGUCGCUCUUUGUGCUGAAUAGUGCGGAAAGGCCUGACAACUGGGUAAACCCGGAUUCAAUAAGUUUACGCACAAAUUUACCGGAAAUGCCUUUCUUACCAGAUGAGCGACACUCAGCUACGGAACUUCCCCGACCUAUUAGGCUUAAUUUUGAUCGUAAAACGUAGACUAGACUAGCGACUUACGUACUGUUUUAUUUAUCAUUCCAUUUUUUUUUAAAUGAAUUUUUAUAAAAAAUAAAAAAAACUGUUUUAUGUUUA